AUGUUAUCCAAGGGUGGCAAGGAGGUAUUGCUGAAGACAGUAGCUCAAGCGUUACCAAAGUAUGCGAUGGGAGUGUUUCUCUUACCGCUAAAUCUGUGUCAAGACUUGGAGAAAAUGAUGUGUAAAUUUUGGUGGAAAACAAACUCCAAAAAAGACAGAGGUAUUCAUUGGUUAAGUUGGAGCAACAUGAGCAAAAAGAAAACGCUUGGUGGUAUGGGUUUCAGAAGUGUUCGUGAUUUCAAUAUUAGGCAAGCAAGGCGGGAGACUGAUGACUCACCCGAACAAGGGUCUUUUCUCAAUGCUAAAAUAGGUCACAAUUCAAGCUACAUCUGGCGGAGUGUUAUAGAAUCCCAAUCUUUGUUAAAGCAAGGCCUAGGGUGCAGGGUGGGUAAUGGAUCAACAAUCAAUAUUUUAGAGGAUCCUUGGCUGCCUCUGGAACAAGAUGCUUAUAUUCAUACGAAUAGUCGUACAUUGCAAGGGCAAAUGGUAUCCUCUUUACUGGAUGGUAACGGCAACUGGGAUGUUGAUCUUGUUAUGGAUGUUUUUGAGAGCAGAGAUGCUAACAUAAUUCUAGCAAUCCCAUUAAAUGCUGAAGUUCAUGACACCUGGUACUGGAGACGAGAAAAACUCGGUUGUUAUUCAGUUAAGAGCGCCUAA